AUGCAGACCGCCGAUGCGGUGUUUGAGGCCGAUGCGAGCUUGAUCACGGCUCUCCAACAUGAGAGAAGGCAGCAGCCGGGACAGCAAGGCACGCGUGCAGUAAAAGUAGCCACGGGCGCAGUAUCAUCGACUGGUGUCGAUGAGAGUGCUCCCUUGUUGGGAUCGCAGGGCGAGGACAACAGCAACGAGCCACCCUCAUGGUCUGGACCAUCCACAGAAUUUGAUCACCUGCCAUGGUAUAAAAGACCAUCAAUGGGCUGGAUGCUUGGACCAUUCUUCAUCCUCGCCGUGGCCUUCGGGGGUGUAAUAGCGCCCAAGUUAAACCUCAUAAUAGAUCUGGUGUGUCGCGAAUAUAUUGCCGACAGAGUGGCAUCUGAGCCUGGCUUUACCAUGAUGCCUGUGAACUUCAACGGAGGCAGCAACCGCCAAUGCCAGAUUCCAGAAGUGUCAUCUCGGGCAAGUCUGUUCACAGGACUGGCGACCAUCGUUGCGGGAACGCUUUCUGCAAUUGCAAGUCCAAAGCUAGGAGCCCUUUCCGAUCGAUAUGGACGCAAACCGCUCAUUAUUGUCACCAGCAUUGGCACGAUACUGGGAGAGAUCAUCUUCAUAUUCGCCGCACUAUUCCCAGAGAAAUUUCCCCUCUCAGCAUUGCUGAUAAGCUACGCUCUGGACGGGGCGACUGGAUCGUUCAUCUUGGCCAUGGCGCUGUCGAACGCAUAUGCAACAGACUGCACUUCGCCUGGCAGACGUAAUGUAGCUUUUGGUUAUUUCCACGCCUCUCUUUUCACUGGCAUUGCGAUUGGGCCCAUCCUUGCCGGCUACAUAGUCAAGCUGACGGGCGAAAUCGUGGUGGUGUUCUAUGUGCUCACUGGCGUACACGUUGCUUUUUUGCUAUUCUUAACGUUUGUCAUCCCCGAAUCACUCUCCAAGAGUAGGCAGAAGAAGGCCCGCGAACUACACGCAAGCCGUGAGGUCCAGAGAGGUCCGAACGGGGAUUGGAUCAAUCAGCUGCGAUCUCUCAACAUCCUCGCGCCUUUGAAGAUGCUCUACCCCACUGGGCCUGGGACCAGUCCGGCCCUGCGAUGGAACCUCAUCCUUCUCUGUGCGGUGGACACUAUCAUUUUUGGCGUGGGCAUGAGWUCGAUGACCGUGGUUGUCAUCUACGUCCGCCAACAAUUCGGAUGGGAGACAUUCGAAUCUGGACGUUACAUGUCGAUUGUGAGCACUUCUCGUGUUCUCGUGCUCCUCCUACUGCUCCCGGCCGUGACACGGUUGCUACGAGGCAAAAAGUCACAGGCCUCUGAUCGGAAGAAUACCGGCUGCGACACGUUCGAUCUGAGUGUCAUACGGGUGGCAACUCUCUUUGAUGCGCUUGGUUUCCUUGGCUUCUCGCUUUCACGUACGGGCUCGCUUUUCACAUUAUCUGGUGUCGUCGCCGCUGUAGGUGGCGUUGGUUCGCCGACAUUACAGUCUGCAUUGACCAAGCACGUCCCCGAGGAGCGCACUGGACAGCUGCUAGGUGCCACCAGUCUGCUUCACUGUCUUGCGCGAGUUGUGGCUCCUGCGGUUUUCAGUGCAAUAUUUUCUGCCACGGCCAAGAGUUUUCCACWGGCCGUUUUCGUUUGUUUGGGUGCUACUUUUGUGCUUGCUUUCGUUGCAAGUUGGCUGAUAAAGACUGGAGUAUAUUACGAUGCCGAGAAGGCCGAUGAACCAGAUACCGGGGAGUGGCAGAGGUAG